AUGGCCUGGGAGGCCACAUACCUGUUAUCUGCCAUCCUAUUGGUGUUCCUGGCCUCAGGCUCCUGGGCACAGGGCACAGUGGUUCUUCAAACAGUGGAGGGCCAGACCAUUUUUGUGGACUGCAAGUAUGAUCCCAGCCAACGCUUCAAGGAGAAGAUCUGGUGUCAGCAAGCACCAGAAGAAACUUGUAAAAUCUUAGUGUCGAGUUUAGGCAGAGAUGCUCAGCGAUCACGAUACUUCAUCCAGGACCAUGCUGUAUCUAACUUCUUCACAGUCACCAUGACUGCACUGAAGAUGAGAAACUCCGGUCUCUAUUACUGUGGGAUCCUAGAAAGUCAUAGAGAAAUCUCUGUUCUCAGAAGCGUCCACCUGGUGGUGUCAAAAGCUCCAACCACACGCAAGACUUCCUGGAUGACAACAGCCCUGGCCUCUGCUACCAGCCCUGUCGUUGACAGUCCCCCAGAUAACUGGAUGUGGAAGGUCAUCAUUGGUGGUGUAGCAGUGGCUAUCCUGCUGGUGCUGGGACUUGUCGUCCUUGUGGUCCUGUACCUCAGGAAUGCUCGAGGAAAAGCCCAGAAAGUUGAGAACAAAUGUCACCAUAUCUAUGAAGACUUUCCAGGUCAGAAGGAAGAAACCACUGGAUUCAAUCAGCAGAUCCUCUCCAGUGAUGAUACUGAGACCAUCUGCUAUGCUUCCCUCAUCCACCUCAACCACGUGAGCCCUCAGGACUCCAUCUCUAGCAACUCCCAUCCCGACCCAAAACUGUCUGUGGAAUAUGCUAGCAUCUCUAGAAGCCGACUCCAGUCUUCCAAGGCAGCUGCCCUGGAGGUGGAGCCUGGGAACUGA